AUGCCGGUGAAAGCAAACGAAAUAGAAGUUGUUAUGAAAAAUAGCGGUAUUAACGACGAAGCAACUAACGAGAUCGAAGACGAUGCCAACGACGUAACAGCCAGCGAGACCGAAGGCGAAGCCACAGAAGAAGAACUUUCGGCUUCCAGUGACAAUACACAACCAGAAUUACAAUCAAAGUCAUUUGAAGAUCUUUUUCCCAGUUUAUUUAAAUGA